AUGAGGAACAAAGAAGGAGCCAAGACCGGCAGUGGUCCCGUACCAACAGUAGCUGACAUUGAGAGCGAGGAGGACGACGAGGACGUGCUUGGCUCUGUGGCUGGAACAAGAAUUCCAGGAGACUUAUCUUUGGAUUCGGACGACGAAGACAUCCUGUCCAAGCCUGAUCAACAGUUUCGUGCAACACCAGUCAAGCCUCCAGCAUCGGCAAAGAAGUCAUCUACAAAGAAAGCCCCUGCUCUUGCUCUUUCUUCGCCUCCACCUCUAAGUGAAGUAAACAUCACCUCAACACCUCACACUCCCCAAGCAUCCUACAAAGCUCCCUUUCUUUCACCCCUUUCAGCGGCCAUGAGUACGAUUCAAGAUCAUGAUGGGCCUCUAGCCACGGGAAAAAUUCGCUUCAGCACGAUCGAGCAAGCAAUUGAAUAUGCUGACUACUGUCUUGACAACUAUGAGUUUGAUUUGCCUGAAGACAACGCUCAUGGUCUCUUCAUCCAAAAGAUCGAUGAUGUGAAGGUCGCUCCUACAGAGCUCGGGACAAAGCUGAAGGUGAUGCAUCCCUUCUUUGUUGACCUUCGUGAUUUUGAACGUGUGUCUGCUUUCAUUGUCUGCCAAGGAACUGGUUUGAUGAUCACUCUGAAUACGCUCCCACACUACGUGACUCAUGAACAUGCUGCUCUCCUCCAGACCGAGAAAACAAACUGCGAACGCACCAAGGAUAAGACAGCUGAAGUCCUUACAUCUAUCAUCGAUGAUGACAGCCGUUCUCUCAAGCGUAUUCUUUUGUUGGUCCCUCCUGGUCAUGGACUCUCUGUCGAUUUCACAGAAAAUAUUCCCCGGUUUGACACGAAAGUGCAUGCAAAAAUUCGUGAGAAGACAAGCAAAUUCACCGUCGGAAAGGCUACUCGUCAAGUGCAGCAGGUUUUCUUCAACCUCUAUUGGCAGGUUCGUCUUGUCAAACAGAAGCGCCAGAUCCUUAUGGGCCGUCAGGAUGAUGACAUUGGAAUUGAAGAUGCCUUUGAAGAUUGUCGAAUCACAGGCAAUGAAGAUGUGGUUUUUGCCGAACCUACACCGGUUGCAGCUCCAGUUCCAGCUCCAGUUCCAUCAACGAUGUCUUUCGUGUCCUCAUUUGCCAAGUCGAGUCAGCAGCAGCCACCUGCGGUGUCCUCGAUGGCAUCAACCGUCAAAGCCCCUUUACCGGUAUCAUCUUUGGCGGCGGCAGCAGCGAGAGCUGGUGCACCAGUGCCAGCCCAAAACAAUGGCUCCAUUCCAUCCUUGCCACAAGUGCCUGCCCGUACCGAUGUUUUCGGAACCAUGUCAUUUCCGAGUGUACCAACUCACAAUCCUGCCCAGCAGCAACCAGUUCCUGCGAAGACCUUUUCGGCGGGGGCAAGCCCUCCUCUUGCCCCACUUCCACAGCUCGGAGCUUCUAACAAAGUAGUGCGCGAAACUGGUCGCUAUGCAAAUGCGAGUGCUCUCCGGGUAGAACGGAAUGAGUUGGCUGGCCGAACCCGCGAUCGAAAGAAAGCCGAGAAGCUUGCAAAAGCUCGAAAGAUUCAGCAAAUGCGAGCGAACAUGGAACAGAUGCAACAGCAAGCAGCACAGAAAGAGGAAGCACGUCAAGCUGAACAUGAAGCAUUUGAUGAGAAAAUUGAGCAAAUUGAGGAAGAAUUCGAAGAGACGCACAAUGAAUUCACUAAUUUGGAAGCUGAGCUGAAUAGCUAG